AUAGUUCUAUGCAGGAUCACGGUUGAAUGCAUUCGUCUGAAGCACCUGUGCGCCAUAGAGCCAAGUAUACACGAACGGCCGUUCUCCAGUGUAGUUUGGCUCGUGUGGUACUGAUAUAGAAACGACACGCAAAUGCGAGACGAGACAGGAUUUCAACAAAAUAAACAAGUGUCCUCAUAGCAUUUGACUUGAAGAUUUUAAACGGAAAUUCCACUUCAGACUAACCGCUGAGGUAAUUGAUGCACAAGCUUUUUGCUUUCUAAACAGGUCUUGCAACAGCUAUCAAAACAGGAGAAGAAUGGCAGCAAAGGACCAAAAAGAUGACGUCGAAAACAUCCGUAAGAAACUUUUCACGAUCACAGGUCGUGCCGUCAAGAUGACUAAAUUUGUCAAGUUGAAGAGGACGUCUGUUUCAAAGCAACCACCUCCUCCCCAGAGUUCUGACCCAGUAGAUGCAGCAGAUGAUGGAGAUCAGAGGGGAGGUUGGGGGAACAAGUUUGACUUCAUCCUAUCCUCCGUUGGAUAUGCUGUAGGUCUUGGCAAUGUCUGGCGUUUCCCCUACUUGUGUUACAAAAAUGGCGGAGGUGCUUUUUUAAUACCGUAUACCCUCAUGCUACUUGCUGCUGGCCUGCCAAUGUUUGUAACUGAGCUGGGUUUUGGUCAGUUUGCUAGCAGAGGAUGUGUGUCGGUCUGGACCAUCUCACCUUUAUUUAAAGGUUUGGGCUACUGCAUGUGUGUCCUCUCUGGACUGGUUGCGAUUUACUACAAUGUCGUCAUCACGUACACCAUCUUCUACCUGUUCUCAUCGUUCACCAGUGUUUUACCAUGGAGUGAUUGCAAUCGACCAUGGAACACACCCAAUUGCACAGUCAGCAAAGCUAACGGGACAAAUGUUACUGUAUUUCUCAAUACAUCAACACGGCCCUCUCUGGAAUAUUGGGACCAUCAGUGUCUCGGUCGCUCUGAAGGUCUAGAGCAUAUGGGACCUGUACGCUGGCAACUGGCUCUCUGUCUUCUUUUAGCCUGGACUGUUGUCUUUUUUUGCAUCUGUCGGGGUGUUAAGUCCUCUGGCAAGGUGGUAUACUUUACUGCUACCUUUCCUUAUGUCGUUCUCGUCAUCUUGCUGAUCCGUGGAGCUACCCUACCAGGAUCGCUACAAGGAGUUAUUUACUACAUUGAACCAAAGUUCGACAAGCUACUUAAUGCUAGGGUCUGGAAGGACGCUGCUGUACAGAUUUUCUAUUCACUUGGGGCGGCCUGGGGAGGUCUCCAUACACUGGCUAGCUACAAUAAAUUCAACAACAACUUCAAACGGGAUGGUAUGAUCAUUGCAUUCAUCAAUUGUGGUACCAGCGUGUUUGCAGGCUUUGUCAUCUUCUCAGUCAUUGGUUUCAUGUCUUUUGAUUCUGGCCUGCCCAUUGAGGUUGUUGCCGAUACAGGUCCUGGUCUAGCCUUCGUUGCUUACCCAGAAGCCUUAGCCAGAAUGCCUGCUGCUCCUUUCUGGUCCAUUCUGUUUUUCUUCAUGUUGUUCACACUGGGUCUUGACAGCGAGUUUGUAACCAUGGAGACACUUAUUACUGCUGUCUGUGAUGAGUUGAAGUAUUACUACAAGGACAUCUACAGAUGGAAAACACCAAUAACUUUGUGUCUCUGUGUCAUCUUUUUUCUGCUGGGCCUUCCUAUGACAACAGGGGGUGGCAUUUACCUGUUGACUUUAAUGGAUGAAUACUGUGCGGGAUUUUCUCUCUUGCUGAUUGCAUUCACUGAGUGCAUUGUCAUCAGCUACGUCUAUGGUAUCAAGAAGUUCAUGCGUGACAUGUCAGUGAUGGUUCCAUCUGGAUUAGGAAUCUACUGGAAGUUUUGUCUCAUGUUUCUCACCCCAUUGAUUGUUUUUCUCAUUUUCAUCUCUUUCUGUGUGACGUAUGGAACACUUGAGUACUCUGGCUAUGUGUAUUCUUCCGGUGGAGAGGCUCUUGGUUGGUUGAUGGUAGUCACCGGUAUCAUCUCAUUACCUGCCUAUGCCAUCUUUUAUCUCCUCCGAAGUUCAAAGGGAUUCACGCUACAGGGUCUGUUACUAGCUAUGCGACCGAGUCCUGAAUGGGGACCGGCUUCCAAUAAGCAUCGUAUUCAAGCCGGGUACCAGCCUGUUGGAAUGGAUGGGUCAACAACCUCAUCAACUUAUCCAGGAGGCCAACCAAGCAAAGCCAUAGCCACAGCCACAGCCUCUGCACCGUCCUACUUUUCUGCAUUCCCCCAGGAUUCACCAACUGUACAAAUGCCAAUUAUCUAUCAUGAAACGUCCAUUUAAUGUUCCCACCUGCUUGUCUACACAAUCUGCCAAGGAUUUGUGAUGUAUCUAUUGUGUUGUUUUAUAAGAUGUUUUAUGAAACAUUAUUAAGUAGGACACCUGUUCCCCCUUCCAAUAGGCCAAUCAGGGGCACUAAGUGCCAAAGUCAGGUUUAACCUUGUCCAUUAUUCUCUCAAUUCAUACAAAUGGAAUGAAAAAGAAAUAGAAAGGAAAAUGUCAAUACCAGACGUUCCUAACAUGUAAACAUUUCAUAUCAGUUCUCAGAGGUUCAAUGUUUUACUGCAAUAAAGUUUGCCAUUUUUCUAAUUUGCCAUUUAGGAAUAACCUAAAUACUUGAUGUCAUAAUUGCUAACAGUAAAUGCUGCAGAAGAGUAAGGGCUUUGGAUCCAUUCCUAGGCAUAUUUGUAAAAAGCACCAGGUGGUAGUGAACUGUUUGAAAAUUCUCUCGACUAUUUAACUGCAUGCAAAUUUGGUUAUUUUCUUUGAUGUAAUUUAUGGGAAGCAAAUAUAAGUCCAGCACUGUUUUUGUGUGAGUUACAAUCAUUGUGUGAGCAAUCUUUGAAUGUGUAUAUGUUUGAUGCUUUAAUGGUAGUUUUAUUUUAAAUACUGUAAAUAUAUGUGGUAUUUUUAAACCCAGAUGUCAUGCUUUAUUUGAUACAGGUUUUAUAGUACUUUUAUAUCGAACGUUCGUAUUUAAAUUGACAUUUCUAAAUUCAUUCACAUGUAAACUUAAGUGGCGGCGGUUACUUUAAUGCAAUGGUUGAUAUAUCUUCACUGUGAAGCCUAUCAAUAGGUAUCUUAAAAUGUUUCCUGUUGUAAAUGCCCUGCUAAUUUUGCAAGGUCAAAAUGUUAGUAAAGGAAAAAGAAAGAGACAGCAGAUAAUUUCUUUUAAAAUGUUUCAAUGAGGUCAAUGUAUGACGGUAGUUGUGUGAGUCAUCGUUGAUUAAUCAAAGGAUUAUAGAAGCUAACAUCACGAGUUUCUUCGUAUUUUAAGUUUAGAGCAUGAAAAUGAGAUAAAAAGGAAGUGAGAAAUCAGUGAGAUAAACCUCCAAAGAGGAGUCUAGCACCCCACAUCCGCUCUGUAUCAGCCAUGGGUGGCCUCGCCAUUGUUGACUCAGUGUACAAAAAUUGUGUACCAAGCCAUUUUAAAAGGGAGUAGGACAGUAGGUAUCAAUUUUACUAACUUAGGAAAAUAAACAUGUAUUGUGCAACUUUUAUUCCUGUAUAAAUUGUAUGGAAACUGUCUAACAUUUCGUGUAGAUCAAUAUUACUAAAAAAAAGGCAUUAUAAA